CUCUGUAGCUAGUUCAUAAAAACUAUGUCGGACGCGGACGCUUUGUUUGACGACGGCAGCGAUGCCAACCAAGAUGACAGCCAGGAGGAUGUUAUGACUCCGGCGGAGCUGAUCGCUAAACUGGAAGAAGCUUGGCUGAAUGAGAAGUUCUCACCGGAGCUGCUGGAGAACAAGUCAGAGGUGGUGGAGUGUGUGAUGGAGCAGCUGACUCACAUGGAAGCCAAUUUGCAGCGGGUGAAGAAAGGUGAUGCAAAGGCCAGCGUCCAUCGCAUGGAAAUAGACAGGAUCCGCUUUGUUCUGAGCAGCUACCUGCGCUCUCGUCUGCAGAAGAUUGAAAAGUUUUUCCCACACGUCCUGGAGAGAGAAAAGUCUCGAGGGGAGGGAGAUCCCUCUCUGCUCUCACCUGAGGAGUUUGCCUUUGCCAAAGAGUACUAUGCCAACACAGAAACGUACCUGAAGGCUGUAGCACUGAAGCGCAUGCCCCCCAACCUACAGACAGUGGAUAUGCUCAAAGCAGUGCCUGAGCCCUGCUUGGACUCCUUUGUGUUUCUGCGGGUGAAGGAGAGACAGGAAAACAUCUUGGUGGAGCCUGAAACAGACGAUCAGAGAGAGUAUGUUGUGGAUCUUGAAGAGGGCUCUCAGCACCUAAUGCGGUAUCGAACUAUCGCACCACUUGUUUCAAGUGGAGCUGUCCAGUUAAUUUGAAUGUGGAGGUCUGUGUGUUGGUGUGGAUGGCUCCAGGAGGUCAUAAAAUGAGCAUCGGCUCAUUUUCAUUACCCAGUGGUAAUACAGAAUGAGCAGUUUAUCCUGCAGAGAUCACAUCAGGAGACACAUCCACUGUUGGAUGCAAACACAGAGACAUUUGUGGUACCAUGGCUUCAAGAAAUGUAAUUCAGCGCAACAUAUUAACACCAAAUAUAAGGUCACUACUAAUGAGAAGUGAAGGCUGUGAAUGAACACUGUUCAACAACCCAGCUUUUGCAGUGCUGUGUUAUUUUUGGACCUUUUUUUUUUUUUUUUUUUUUUUUUUUUUUAAAUCAUGUCACAACAUAAGUUUGGUUACAUAAUUAUAAUGUUAUUCGGGUGUGUUUGGCUUGGUGAGACUGGUAAAGACUCUUAAGACUCUAUCUAAUCUGCCAAUUCACCACUCCCUCUGUUACUAUAUCCAGAUGACCUGCAUUACUGGGCUUUUCCUCUGCUGCUCAAUAACAGGAUGCAUCAAAUGACCUGAAGGUGAAAUUUCAUCAUUUCACUUGGCAUCACAAUGCCGAGCAUCACAAGGUGCAGAUGCUAAUUUAUGUGUAUGUUUGAAAGAAAGCUGUUUCUUAUGGUGAAAUUCACGCUCAAUAUGAAUUACUGUCAUUAUAAAUAAUAGAAAUCCUGUUAAUGUUCAGAAAGUGUCUGUGCAUGUCUUCGCCUUGGCUACCAAAUCCAGUUUUAUCUGCUUUUCAACACCUCUCUGUGUCACAAGUUUGAAGUUUCUUUUGAUUGUGUGUUUUUUAGUUUCACCCUAAGAGGAUGCGUGGAACAUUUCUUCUCUGAGACAUAAUUGUUAUAAUAGUGUUAUGUAAGCAUUUCACAUGGAGCAAGCGGUGCUCAUUGUUUGCCCUCACACAAAAUUGUGCAGUAAUUGAAGCCAAUAAGGGACUGAGAGAAAUCCGGCUUUUCAAAACUGAACCACAUGUCAACAGACGGUCGUCCUCUUGAACUGCACUGCUGAUCUAGCUAAUAUCCAAUCCUACAACCCCUUGUUGUUAGGAGAUCAGGAACAAGCAUUUAGAGUUCAUGAAUGCUAUUUUGCAUAAUAAAUGUUGGGAAAUGAAAAUAGCGAUCCCUUAGACCUUGAAAAUAGUUGGAAAUGUGGCAUUGGAAAAAUAAUAAAACCUUAAAAAAUUUGCAAAUGAUUAAAUGGGUAUGAGAGUAAUUCGGUUUAUAAU